GAGAAGGGCAGGGAAGAAGUUGCAGCUGUAGUUUUACAUAUCCCAUAAUCGUUUAGUUUAAAUUGCAGCAAUACUUCAGAUAGCCGAACCACUUACUUAAUGUAGGAAUACUGCAAUAUUUUUUGAUUUCUCCAGCCAAUCCCAAUUCUCUGUCUGGAUUGCGUAUUGAUUUGAGCAGGAACGUGUCCUCUCGCUGCCGCUCUUCCCAUUCAUCUUGUACCCGACUCUGCACCUUUAUAUCUGCAUCUCUCUUUCUCUGGACUUCAACUUUCAUCGGGCUUGGUUAAGAUAUUCGUAGUUUGGAAGGUUAAACAUCGGAUGGUUACAGCCGGAUGUGGUGCAGAAUGGAUGAACAAAUACCAAUGUUGAGACGAGGAGAGUUUUUUGAAAAGUAGAAUCGGAUCGCGACUUGUGGAUCGCAUCGAGGGACGCUGGUAAACCAAGAACGACGUAUUUCGUCUCCUGAUGAUGGGUGUAAUUACUCUGUAGACGGUUCACAGUGACCAAUUGUUUGGCGAAGCAAGCGAGCCCGUUAAGGAACGGAGGAUCGAGCGGGGAUUCGACCGCAGGUUUUGGCAUCGAUCAGGGAUUUGAUUGAUCGCGUUCCCAGGCUAUCACCCUCAAAGGAAUUUCAGCAUAGUGGAGCGAACAGGCGAGGAGAGGCAGGGAGGACAACGAGGGGAGGGCUCAUUCAGCGAAGCACUCUCUACUCAGAGCGCCUCCACUGCUCAAAUAUUAACGCCGCGCUCCGACCAGGAGGGGGGAAGACCGAUGCUGCUCCGGCGGGAGAAACCCAGCGGAGCACCGUGGAGGAGGAGGAGGAGGGAACCGGCCGCCCGCUAGUGCUGCCGAGCGGAGCUGUCAGUCAGUCACCCGGCCAGCAGGACCAGCCGGUCACACCGUCGUCGUCCCCAGCCAGGACCCCGCUGCCCACCACCAGCCCCGACCCACCUCCGUCUACCCACCCCACCGUCCAGGUGAUGGAGGAGGAGGGGACGGAGCCGGAUCCCCACAGGACAGGGGGAGAGGAGCAGGAGGUGGAGGACGAGGAGGAGGAGGGAUUGGUGGAGGUGGCGGUGGUGGUGGUGGAGGAGGAGGAGGAGGAGAAGGAGGAAGAGGUGGACGAGAGGGUUUUGGAGGUGGAGGAGGAGGAGGGAGUGGAGGAGGUGAUGGUGGAAGAGGAGGAGGAGGUGGUGGUGGAGGAGGAGGUUGGGGGACUUACGCGCUUCGAAGUGAACGGAGACCUUCCUGGUGCGCCGUGCCCCAGGCUGGCGGUGGUGGAGGUGGAGGUGGAGGUGGAGGUGGCCGGUGGAGGUGGAGGAGGAGGAGGAGGAGGAGGUAGAGGAGGUGGAGGAGGACAGAGUCGGAGUAGAGAGAGGGUUGCCCCGCAGCAGCCAGAGCCCGAACACCGGCAGACUGGGUAAGGAACGCACAG